UGAACCAGCAGCCACACCACUAAGAGAAACACAGAGUGAGAUAAUACUAGGAGGGAGCAUCAGCAGGACGUUAUAGCACUGUUUGAAGAGGUUUCUGGAUGUUUCUGUGGGUUGUGAUGACCCUGCCAGUUGGAAGCCUGUGCUCUGGUGUUAGUUGGGGGACGGACCGCAGUUUUUUCUUCUGGAAUUUAUUUGUUGAAGACUUAUUUUGACAUGACCAACUAUAACGGCAGCAUGAAUUUGGACCACUGCAACACCGUCAACGACCUCACGUACCAGGUCCUGUCCUGGCUUAUGGUUGGAGUGUUUGUGUUUGGUCUGCCUCUCAACAUCUCAGUCCUAUACAUCUUCCUUUUCAGGUUCAAGUUCUGGAAGACCAACAGCGUGUUCCUCUUCAACAUCGUAGUGGCCGACUUCCUGCUCAUGGUGUGCCUGCCAGCCAAGGCCUACAACUACCAGAACGGCCUCCGGCGCAGCAAGGAUAGGCCCCUAUGCCAGGUCAUGCUCUUCAUGCUCUUCAUAAACCGCGGGGCGAGCAUCGCCUUCCUCACCACACUGUCCAUCGACCGCUACUUCAAUGUGGUGCACCUGGGCAAGAGGAACUGCGUCAAAUUCCUCCGGAAGUCACCGUUGAUUUCGCUGCUCAUUUGGCUCCUCCUCCUGCCGCUCACCAUCCCCACCAUGGUCAACAGCUUCGAGUGCUGCAACAGCUAUGGGCGCGACGUCACUGACGUCUCCCACAACGUCACAGACACUUUUAGAGAGUUAGUCUUCUUCACCCAGAUCCUCAUCCCCUUCGUCAUCCUGGUGUACUGCACGGUGCGCAUCGUCCAGCGGCUGAGGAAGAAGACGGUGGGGGACAAGACCAAGCUGAGGAGGGCGGUGUUCCUGGUCACGUCAGUGGUCAUCGUCUUCUCCGUUUGCUUCCUGCCCUGCACCUUCGCGAGGGCAGUACUGCUGGCCAUACGUCUGCUGGAUAUGCAGAAGGUAGAACCCCAGGUGGCGCAGGUCUAUGACGGUCUCAUGGUCCUGUCCUACAUCGACUGUCUGUUGGACCCUCUGCUCUACUGCUUCUGCUGCUCAGGCUUUAGGGACGCCUAUAUGGAGGCCUUCUGUCCAGCUGUGCUCAUGAGGAGAAUGCCCUCCUUUGGCAACAGCACGAGAACCACCACAACAACAAACUCUGUUGGGCGGAUUGUCAAUGUGCCGCUGGUGCAAAAGUGAGGGCAUUCAUUCUAUUUCUAUUUGGUUUUCUGUUUUAGUACUACUCGUAAACAUCCAUUACAACACAGUCAGGCAGUCAGUCCCAACACAGUCAUUCACAACAAGGUCAGUCCCUAAACAGUCCUUAUACUGUCAGUCCAAACACAGUCAGUCCUAACAGUCAGUCGUAACACAGUCAGUCGUAACACAGUCAGUCCCAACCCAGUCAGCCCAAGGGCAUAUUCACACCAGGAAAGACCUUUAGCUCGCUCGCUUUGGUCCGGACCAAAUUACAAUGUUUAUCUUUUGGUUUGGUGCGGUUCCUUUUCACGUUCCAAUUUUCGCAGAAUUUGUCAACAAACCCGUAUGUCAAGAAAAAAAAGGGGGGAAAGUAAGUAAUCAAUCAUGGAUAUCCAGCGUGAUAUACAUUGAUCCGUGGACCGGUCGAACUCACACACCCUCAUCCUGAUGCUGAAUGUGCUAAAUGCAUCGGCAUCUUUAUGUGUGUUUUCAAGUAUUUUUAUGUGGGCGUCUGCCCAAAUAUCCAAUAGUCAUUCCGUCUCCUCUUUGCUCCAUGUUUAGCCGUGACUCAUUUUCAACCAACAGUCCGAAGAUGUGCUGCUAAUCUUAGAGGUACCACUAAUCGAACAGUAAUUCCAAAGAGGAAUAUAAUUUUUAGAACAGGAUCGGACUGAGGUGCAGUCGCUUUAACGUCUCAAGCUAACCGCACCAGGGUUCGUUUGGAAGCGAACCGAGACCACCGGCUGGGUCUCGGAAAGGCUGUUUGGUCCACUCCCGAGUUAGAUGGUCGGUAUUCACACCAGCCCAAAAGGUCCACACCAGGGAUUAUUUUGCUUUAGUGCGAACCAGGUGUGAAUACGCCCUAACACAGUCAGUCGUAACACAGUCAGUAAGUUCCAAUACAAUCAGUCGUAACACAGUCAGUCCUAACACAGGCAGUGGUAAAUAAACAGUCAAUCAUAACAUAGUCAGUCACAUUACCAUCAGUCACAACACAUUGAGUCGUAACACAGUCAGUUCUAACCCGCUGCUCUAAAGAGACACUUUAUUAUGCACACAUAAUGAUACCAUAGGAAGUGCCCCAGAAUGCGAGUAGAGUUGUGGGUAAGAUAAGAAGUUACUUUAGAUUAGAUAAGUCAAAACACGAGAAAGGCACUCUCUUGUGCUACUCACUCUGUCACUCUCUUAAGCUGCAGAGCAAGAUAUUUUAGGGCAAUAUAGACCACCUUCAAUUACCUUACAAAUAAUGUAUUGUUUGUGUGUGUUUUUGUAUUUGUUUUUAAAUUUUGUUUCAACAGAUUAUAAUUGAUGCAAACCAGUAUUGUGCAAUGUGACAAAAUGCACACUCUGCAAUUAAGCGGGCUUUUGGAAGCUGUCAUAAUUUGAUUGUUCUUUUUUGCUUGAAUAUAGAUUCUAUGAAUAUGUUUAUUUGGAGGAUCUGACUUGCUGAUUUGCUGUGGAUUGUUUGGUUGUACAUUAUCUAUCCAAACCGGAGGAAAUGCUUUUGAACUCUUUUAAAAUAAAUAUAAGAACGGCAAGUACUCUUUUCCUCUUCAUUUUCUCUGUAAGCUCUUUUAAAACGGUAACAACAAUAACCCGACAUUAGGGUACAAUAAAGGCUUUGAAGAUAUA